AUGCUGCUCUGCCAACUGCAACUACUAGUAACAUGCCUCCAUGUUUGCAUUCGUGCCGCCCUUGGACAGACCGCUGCCGAUGACUGUCCGGUGCCUGUCCAAGUACUCGUCAAGGAUUCCGCGAGCACCAGCGGACACAGGCUUCGUUUUGGUCCUUCUGGGCCAGAUCAAGACUCGACAUGCGAAGUCUCCUGGAUUUCGCAUGAGCUGUUUAGUCUGGAGCGAGAAGCUAGCGCAGAGGGUGCGGAUACAGAUGCACUGGAUUCGGCAGUUCUUUCACAGGACUUCGUUUUGACUGAUGGGCUGAAGCGGGUACCUUUUGCUGGACGGAAGGGUCGCCUGGCCUUUCUCGAGAGAAUUCUGCCGAUGCCCCGCCUGGAUAACGAACAGCUCGAUUCCAUUCUAGCUGGCAAAGAACUACUGAUAUCAGUGUUGCUGCCACGUAAGAAUUCGAAAGCAUGGGCUGAUGUGCAGACUCGCACAAUUGCUCAUCAGGCGGCUGCGGUUUUGCCGGACCACACUUUUUUUGAUGAUGGAAUGGCAGUGACGUACGAGCAGGCAUUUGUACCAUACCGCUUUUCUCUGAUCGUCGACGACGACAACGGGACGGUGUCACAGGCAUUUGUUCAUUGCAUCGGUUGGGGGACCAUACCAUUGUUCAAUGGCUUCUCGCACAUAGUUGCGAUGCUGCCCCGCAUUGUCGUGCCGUGGGACCCGGUCUCUUUCCGUGUGGAGGGGCUGCUGUCUUUCCUACCCGGGAUCAACUACGAUAUAGCUUCGCUUUGGCAGCAGCACCGUCUCGUCCAGGACCAGCUGCUUUACAGGUACAGCCGUGGAUUCAACGAGUCGUUGAAAGCAGUCACCUGCCAUUUGUGCGCCUACAAGCAGACCAGGCGAGAGGAUGACCCGAAAUCCCACGAAGAUGGGCUCCCGCCGUUGGUGUUCGUUGGAGUGUAUUCGGCAAAGGAUAACUCUCCAAAGCGAGAUGCCAUCCGGGACACUUGGGCGCAGGCAGUCCGCACGCAUGGCCUGGAGCUUAAGUUCUUCUUGGGAAGGCCCAGACUGAGUCCACGCUUUGUACCUCUGCAGGCUGAAAUGGCAAAGCACAGGGACGUGAUUCUGCUUGAUGUUCAAGAGGGAUACAAGUGGAACUCGGUGAAAGGACUGAUGUUUUUGGAGUGGUGUGCCCAGAAUGUGUUAGCUCGCUUCAUUGUCAAAGCCGAUGACGACAUCUACUUUCGUCCAGACCCUCUCCUAUUCUUGCUGCAGAGUCGGCCUUCGUAUGGAUACAUUUGGGGAUACUUUGACUACUUCAGUCCUGUGCCCAAGGAUGAGGAUCAUGCUUUCUAUAAUCCUGCUGACAUCUACCCAUUUGAAGUCUUCCCUCCAUAUGCAAGAGGUUUAUUGCGCGUGUUGUCGGCAGAUGUGGUUCUAGCGCUUGCUCGACUGAGCUUUGCUGGCAAGCUUCCACUGGUCUAUGGAGAUGAUCCAUGUUUUGGGGUCCACUUGCGAUAUCUUCGGGAUGACAAGUUGGGCUUGCCUAUGCUCACCUUGGACGAUCGGGACUCGUACAGAGUCUUCGCUAUGGAGCCGAGCUGCAAUCCUGGACUCUGGUCGCAUGCGACGCGGCGAUCUUGGGUCGUUCACCAUGUAUCGCCGGAGCAAAUCUAUUGCAUGUGGACUGCUGAUGCGAGUGCUGGUCUCUACAAGCAGGAUGUUCCAGGCAAUGUGCAGCUGGCUCCAGAAGCAAUUCCGCUGAGCAUAGCCGCUGCGAACGUUGCAACACAAGAUCGACUUGCGUUCGAAGAGCCGCCACCCAUGCCGGAUGUCUGCAACUGUUUGGAGUUUGGCCCAUUGGCCUCGGAGCUAUCCAACCGGCGAGACAAGAUCAACGCUUCAAGGACCUACAUGACGUGGGGCCAUCCAGGUCUCUUGGAAAAGGAGAUGCAGCAAUGA